ACUCGAUUUAGCGGCUUAUUUAGUCUUGGAACUCCAAGUUCCGGUGUGCUUUGCGUCGCCACUGAAGCUUUACCUUUGUUUGCGAAGGCUGCUGGUCGUCUGAUUUGUUACUUUGUAUCUGGGCGAAAAACGGGAGAACAAAAGUGUUGAGAGAGCUUUGUAUUAGUGAAAUUUCCUAGUUUGCUAGGUUGUAGAGACUUCUCUCGCAACAAGGUUUGUUGACAGUUCUGGCAGCCAUCUGGUGCUACAGUUCUGCCAGUGGUCUGUGUUAUCAAUUACUUGUUAGGUGCCGAGUAGUUCUCGGCAGUCAUGGCUCAGCGCAGUGGUGGAGGGCCUCAUGUAGCAAGCUCGCAGAAAGCACUGUUGAUGGAGCUUAAGUCCCUUCAGGAGGAGCCAGUGGAGGGCUUCCGCAUCACAUUAGUAGACGAGUCUGAUCUAUACAACUGGGAGGUUGCGAUAUUUGGGCCCCCCAAUACUCUUUAUGAAGGGGGUUACUUCAAGGCACGUCUGAAGUUUCCUAUUGAUUACCCAUAUUCUCCUCCCGCCUUUAGAUUUCUAACAAAAAUGUGGCAUCCAAAUAUCUAUGAGAAUGGAAAUGUUUGCAUAUCUAUCCUUCAUCCCCCAGUUGAUGACCCCCAAAGUGGCGAAUUGCCCUCAGAAAGAUGGAAUCCCACUCAAAAUGUCAGGACUAUCCUUCUGAGUGUUAUCUCCUUGCUAAAUGAGCCCAACACUUUUUCACCUGCUAAUGUUGAUGCCUCAGUGAUGUACAGAAAAUGGAGAGACAGCAAAGGGAAGGACCGUGAAUACAGUGAAAUCAUAAGGUAGGCAGAUGAUUUAAUGU